GCCGGGCGCUGGGGCUGAGCCGCUGAGUGACCUUGGCAGGGCCGACCUGGCUCGGCGGACGACGCGCAGAUGAAGAAACUCAAGCCCUUCAGCUAGUAAGGAAAGAACCAGGAGUUGAACCUAGAUCUGUUUCCUCCAAAGCUGGGGUUCUUUUCCCACCCUUCAUUGCUUUUUACUGAAGACAAAGCAAAUGACCAAAGGAUUCCAGUUGAGUCCCUGGGAGAAAACUAGGGUCACUUCAUUUAGCUUUGGAUGAGGCUACUCAGAAUCUCCAGAUGCUUUCAAGUCAGCAAACAUUACUGAGCACCUACUAUGUACAAGAUGAACAUCUGCAACAAGCCCUCUAACAAGACAGCCCCUGAGAAGAAUGUGUGGACCGCACCUGCACAGGCCAGCGGACCCUCCCCGGAGCUGCAGGGCCAGCGGUCCCGCCGGAAUGGGUGGAGCUGGCCCCCGCACCCACUCCAGAUUGUGGCCUGGCUGCUGUACCUCUUCUUUGCUGUGAUUGGCUUUGGGGUCCUAGUUCCCCUCCUGCCUCACCACUGGGUGCCUGCUGGCUAUGCUUGCAUGGGCGCCAUCUUUGCUGGCCACCUCGUGGUGCACCUGACUGCUGUUUCCAUCGAUCCAGCAGAUGCCAAUGUGCGGGACAAGAGCUAUGCAGGGCCUCUGCCCAUCUUCAACCGCAGCCAACAUGCACACGUCAUUGAAGACCUACACUGCAACUUGUGCGACGUGGAUGUGAGUGCGCGUUCCAAGCACUGCAGCGCCUGCAACAAAUGCGUGUGCGGCUUUGACCACCACUGCAAGUGGCUCAACAACUGUGUGGGCGAGAGGAACUACCGGCUCUUUCUACACAGUGUGGCAUCCGCCUUGCUGGGCGUCCUGCUCCUCGUGCUGGUGGCCACUUAUGUCUUUGUGGAGUUCUUUGUCAACCCCAUGCGGCUGCGUACCAACCGCCACUUUGAAGUCCUAAAGAAUCACACAGAUGUGUGGUUCGUGUUCCUGCCUGCCGCCCCUGUGGAGACGCAGGCUCCUGCCAUCCUGGCUCUGGCUGCCCUACUCAUCCUUCUGGGCCUGCUCUCCACAGCCCUGCUCGGCCACCUUCUCUGCUUCCACAUUUAUCUCAUGUGGCACAAGCUCACCACCUAUGAGUACAUUGUACAGCAUCGUCCACCACAGGAGGCAAAGGGGGCCCACAGGGAGCUCGAGUCAUGUCCCCUGAAGAUGCGGCCUAUUCAGGAGAUGGAGCUCUACAUGCGGACCUUCAGCCAUGUGCGCCCAGAGCCCUCUGGCCAGGCCAGGCCUGCUGAAGUGAAUGCCAAUCCCUCCCGAUUCCUUGCCACCCGCGGCCAAGUGGAACCUCCACCGCCCGCCUCCCCAGAGACUCUCGCCCUGCCCCCCCGGAUACGACCCCAGAAAAAGAGGAAGCGGCGCAUGUAUAAGGUACCGACCUCUGGGACCUUGGACCGAGAGCCCCAGUUGCCCAGGCUGCCGGGUGAGCGCCCCUUUCUGACCGGAAUCUGCUCGGGGAGCUCCGAGGGAGGAAAAGGUAGGGCCCUUAGUGAGUGCCGGACCCCCGGCCGCCGCUCCAGCUCGUCGUCGGAUUCCGCGGACGCCAGCACUGCAGGAGUCUAUCACUCGGCGUCUGCCGAGUCCCUGGACGAGAUCCCAGUGGCUCAGACGCGCCUAGGCAGCGCCGCUCUGGCCGCCCCGGUGGGUAGGCCCCGAGAGCCCGGGCUGGCGCUGCAGGCACGUGCGCCCGCUGUUUUCGUGAGUCCGAGCAGCGGCGAGCCCCGCGCGCAGGGCGGCUCCGAGGCUGAUCUGGCUUAGCUGGGCGGAGAAGCAGGAAUGGCGGAGGAGCGGCGGGACCGACUCUCUAUGCAAACCCCCCACCCCCGCCGCACCGAGUGCACUUUAGGGGCCCCUAAGGGCCGGCGGGAUCGGCCCCACUCCCCACUCCACUACUCAGCAAUACCCGCCCAACCAGCUGUGAUGCUCCAAUAAACUUUUUUAUGCUUUUGCGGA